UGUCAACAAAUAGAAUGAAUCGAAGUGAUUUGUUCAAGCACGUAAACGCCAAACCCGAUUUUUUUGUAACUGAUAUCUUGACGAUACUUUGCCUGAACAUUUUGUGUUUACCUGAUUGUGUUACCUAGACAUAAUAAGGAGCAUCUCAGUUACCAUGUCCAUUUUGUCCGAAAAAUCGUAUUUCACGUAUUCUACUGUCCCUCAAGAUGACCGAAAUGUCGAAUCUGGCUACAAAACGGCCUUUGAUUACAAAUCAAUAUUCUCUUAUGAUAGCGCUUUUAAAGACCAGGAUGGAACUGGUCAAAAUAGUGCUGCUGGCGAAAAAUGUUCGGAAACCAUCACUUCAGAAGGAUUAUCUGAAAAAGUCAUUGCCAUUCUUGCUUUGGGUUUUAGUUAUCUUCUGAUAUUUUUUACUUUACCAGUUACUGUCUGGUUCUGUUUCAAAAAUCUCCCGCAAUGGGAAAGAAUUGUUGUCUACCGCUUGGGAAAACUUAUUGGUGUCAAGGGUCCUGGUAAUGUAUUUCUAAUUCCUUGGCUAGAUUGCUCCACAAAGUUAGACUUACGUACUCAGGUUAUAUGUCAUCCUCUCAAACAGUUCCUCACAAAAGAUCAAGCCAUUGUUGAAGCAGCAUGUAGUGUUUUUUACAGAAUUGGUGACCCAGUUCGAUACAUUAGCAAUGUACAGGAUCCAGAACUCAAAGGGCUGAAAAUUCUUGCCAAUGCAAUUGUCAUGAAACGGCUAGAAGCCGCUGAGGCGAGAGAAUUUCAAGCUGCCAGGAAAGCUGUCAUAGAAGAACGCAUACUGAAAGAGCUCAACUCGAUCACUACACCAUGGGGAAUUGAAAUUAGUUCAGCACAUAUUGAGAAUUUCCAGAUCCUCAAAGAAGCCCAGCCAGUCAAUGCUUUCAUGAAUGUCAUGCAACAAAUGGGAAUUAACUUUGGUUCCGGGGAUGGAGCUACCGCCGGUCCAGUCAUCCCCCCAUCGGUUUCGGUGGCAGACGUCGGAAUGGUUAUUCAAAAUGAAUUGCGACCAAAAUCCAAAAACGCCGUCAAACUUAGACACAUAUUGGAUGAAGGUCCCGGCGUUUUAGAUAAUCCUGUCGUUAUCUGUUUCAAAAUUGGGAAUGAGGAUGUAAUUUACGCAGAUUUUACUCAAGGAAAAGGCCAAGUGUACGAAGGCAUAUUCUCGGGAGCUGUCGGCAUCACGCUGAGCCUUACUCAAGAACUUUUCGAUUCUCUGAUGGACGGUGCAUCACAGUCACAAUUUCUGCAGGCCUACCUUGAGGGACAAAUUACAAUUGAUGGAGACAUGCAAACUCUCAUGCAAUUGCAAAAAUUGCUACCAAAUAUGCAAAGUAGUUGAACAGCACACACAUUCUACAUUAGAUCAACCAAAUCUCACAAAUCUAGUCAGACAUACCUUGGUUUAUUUGAUGCGGAUUGUCCCUUCGAGGACGUGGGCUACUUGGCCCGUCAAUUCGACCCGCUGUUCCACAAUUUUCACGAUUAAAUCCCCUCCUCGUUUUGAACACUGUCUAGCUAUUUAUGUAAAGAUCUACUCAUUUGUUACAGUCAACUAAUAAAUAUUAGUAAGUGUCUUA